GUGAUCAGGUGACCAUGUGAUUUCUUCUUCUGUGCAGUGACGAGGAGGAUUUGAGGCAGUCUCUGUCAGAGUUGACGGAGGUCAGAACAGACUCCGCCUCCCACACCAUGAAGCGGCUGGGCGGAGGGGGGGGGAACCCGCUGAUUGGCGUCGCCCAUCAGGCCGACGGCGAGCUCUACAAGAGCGGCUUCCUGGUCCGCAAAGUCCACGCCGACCCCGACGGGAAGAGAACUCCGCGGGGGAAGAGGGGAUGGAAGUCCUUCUACGCCAUGCUGAAGGGUCUGGUGCUCUACCUGCAGAAGGAUGAGUUCCGUGCGGAGCGCGAGUUGACGGAGGAGGACGUGAAGAACGCCGUCUCCGUCCACCACUCUCUGGCCAUGAGGGCCGUGGACUACAGCAAGAGACCCAACGUCUUCUACCUGAGGACGGCCGACUGGAGGGUCUUCCUGCUGCAGGCGCCGACGGCGGAGCAGAUGCAGUCGUGGAUCACGCGGAUCAACGUGGUGGCGGCCAUGUUCUCCGCCCCCCCGUUCCCGGCGGCCAUCGGCUCCCAGAAGAGGUUCAGCAGACCCCUACUACCCGGGACCAGCACCAAGCUGGGCCAGGUA